CCUAUACAACAGGUGGGCUUAUUAGUCUGUGAGUAUAAUAAUAUAGUACGAGUCUGCAUUUUAAAUCGAAGUAUAGUAUUGUCUACUCGAGGCCUAAAACUUCAAAUAUCUCUUAGAGUGCACAGUGAAAAAAUUAAAGUAUUAAUACAUAAAGUCAAGGACGUGAAGGAUAGCGUAGAAGACACGAUGAGGGUUAAACAAGAGCCAAUGGAUACCUUAACGAAUGCAGCUGACGAAUAUGUUUCCAAUUUGGUGGAAUCUGAAACAUUGCCAUUUCAUAAAUCAUCGGACAACGUAGAUGAAAAUGUGUUUAUAGACUUUGAGUGCAAAGAGGUUAAGCCAGAACCAAAGUGUCUAUCGACAACAAUCUGCAAAUCUGAGUAUAAAAAUAUUCAACCAACAGUAAAAAAAGAAAACGUAGAUCAGACAGAUGACACUAAUGAAAAUAUACUUAUUGAUUUUGAGUGUCACGAUGUGAAACCUGAUCCGAAAUCUUUAUCGUCAACCAUCAAAUCAGAGCAUUCAAGCUUUCAAUCUAUCAGGAGAAAAGGAAAUAAAAAUCCAAUCAACUUGAAUGGAAAACGUCUCAUAAUUUUGAUAAAAAAAGGAUUUAAUUAUGACAAUAACUGUCACUUCCAUGUGAGCUCUCGCUUCAAACUAACUAAUUGUGAGCAACUUCAACAUUGUAAAGAAAAAAGAUCGUAUGAAUUAGAAUCGUGUCAAGAAACAUACACAGCAAGAGCAAGUCGGAAGAAGCGUACAAAGACUACACGUGGAAGAAUUAUGCAGUAUGAAUGUGACAAUUGUUCCAAAAUAUUUAGAAGUAGACGUAAUAUUAUAUCUCACAUAAAUGAAGUACACACUUGUAGUAAAUCCUACGAAUGUGAAAUUUGUCGCAAGUCAUUCGCCCGCCAGAAUACCCUUACAAUUCAUAAGAAUACAGUACAUAAUCACCUCAAACCGUUUAAAUGUGAUAUUUGUCACAAAUCAUUUGGACUAAAACAACACCUCCAACGUCACGUGAGCGCAGUACAUGAUCGUAGCAGACCCUUCAAGUGUAAUGAAUGUUCCAAAAGCUUUGGAUACAAAGGUCAACUUAUAAGGCACAUAAAAGCAGUACAUGAUCUAUACAAACCCUUCAAAUGUGACUUCUGUGACAAAUCAUUUGCAAGAAAAUGUAGUGUGAGAAUUCAUGUAAAUGCAGUGCAUAAACGCAGCAAACCCUUUGAGUGUGAUAUUUGUAAGAAAACGUUUGCCCACAAAAAUUCCAUCAAACUUCACAUUGUUGGAGUACAUAUUCGCAGUAAACCUUUCGAGUGUAAGAUUUGUCAUAAGUCAUACGGACGCAAGAAUUACCUUGUCACUCACAUGAAUGGAGUACAUAAAAAGGGUAAAACCUUUAAUUGUGACAAGUGUAACGCUAAAUUUUCAUAUCAGCAAGGCCUCUAUGAACACAAACAUACAGUUCAUGGUCAAAAAUCUUUUGAAUGCAAUAUGUGUCACAAGUCAUUUUACUUCCGGGGUAAGCUAACAGCUCACAUGAAAUUAGUACAUGAUCUGGAAAAACCGUUUGAAUGUGACAUUUGCUUCAUAAGAUUUGAAGAGAAAAAAAAACUUGAAAAUCACAUUAAAAGAAAACACGUAAAACCAUUCCCAUGUAAGAUUUGUGACAAAGCAUUUAGCAAUAACGGUAACCUCAAUAGACACAAACUAGAGAAACAUUCUAUUAGCAGAUCUGUUAAAAAAUGA